ACAGAAUAUAUAAAUAGGUUGGAAAUGCUCUAAAAUAACAAGCUAAGCGGUCAUUCUUAUUAGAGACUCAUAGCAUUUAACAAUUGUUUUGGAUUCUUGGUACUGAUAUUUGAUACUUAUCAGUAAUCUGGAAUCUCUAGUCGUUUUUAUCAAGUUUAAGUUUAUGGAGAGGAAGCUGCUUCUUACAGUGUCGAUCAUCAUGAAUCUUGUAUUUACUAUUCAUAUUCUUUAUAGAAACUCAACCACAUGGAAUCCGACUUGGACCAGUAGAGCUGCUAUUGAAGCAGAGGAUGCAGCCUCUGUGUCAUGCUCAGGCCAUGGAAGAGCUUACGUGGACGGUAUUGGAGUCCUUGGCGGCAAGCAACCUUCUUGUGAAUGCAACAAUUGCUAUACAGGCAAAGAUUGUUCUAUUCUUCUCUCAGAUUGUCCUGUCAACGCUAACUCAGGAGACCCUUUGUUCUUAGAGCCUUUCUGGAUGCGACAAGCAGAGAGCAGCGCGGCUCUGGUCUCGGGAUGGCACAGGAUGAGUUAUAUCUAUCAAGAUGGGACAUAUAUGUCGGAAGCGCUUGAGACGGUCAUCAGGAAACUGCAUAGUGUGGUGGGAAACGCUGUUACAGAUAACAGGUUUGUAAUAUUUGGAAGUGGAAGCACACAAUUGCUUGCAGCAGCUGUUCAUGCCUUGUCUUUGACAAACUCAUCAUCAUCAGGACCGGCAAGGCUUUUGGCUUCAGUUCCAUAUUACGCUAUGUACAAGGAGCAAGCGGAGUUCUUUGACUCAGUACAUCUCAAGUUUGAAGGAGAUGCGUUUGCGUGGAAGAAUAGCGAGCGCAAUGAUAAUACCACACAAGUUAUAGAGGUAGUGACAUCUCCGAAUAAUCCAGAUGGGAAGCUGAAAAGAGCGGUUCUUGAUGGUCCUAAUGUCAAAACAAUUCAUGAUUACGCCUAUUACUGGCCUUAUUUCUCCCCUAUAACUGUUCCAGCUGAUGAAGAUUUGAGCUUGUUUAGUCUCUCCAAGACUACAGGUCAUGCUGGCUCUAGAUUCGGGUGGGGAUUGGUAAAAGACAAAACUGUUUAUGAAAAUAUGAAAAGAUAUAUCACUUUGAGUAGUAUGGGAGUUUCUAGGACAACACAGCUUCAUGUUCUUCAACUGCUCAACGUAGUAGUUAGGGAUGGAGGCGAUAAUAUAUUCCAUUUUGGUCAUGAAACUUUGAAGAAAAGAUGGGAGACACUGAACAAGGUCUUGUCACUCUCUACACGUUUCUCGCUCCAGAAAAUCAAACCUGAGUACUGCAACUAUUUCAAGAAAGUCAGAGACUUUACUCCUUCUUAUGCAUGGGUGAAGUGUGAAAGGCCAGGAGACGCAAACUGCUAUGAGAUAUUCUCAGAGGCCAAGAUAACAGGACGUGAUGGCAAAGUGUUUGGAUCAGAGGAAAGUUUUGUGAGAUUGAGUCUAAUCAGAUCACAAGAUGACUUUGAUCAUCUUAUUGAUAUGUUGAAGAAGUUAGUCUUCCAAGAAGGUGUAGAAGCUCAUUCUAUCUGAAAACUUGAUGUUGUCAAAAAAUGUCUUCAGUUCAAUAUUAUGUAGUACCGUAUUUGUGCCAGUAUAAUUAAGCCUACAAUGCCCGUUGUAUGAAAGCUUUGUAAAUAUUGUGAAAAUCAGUCAGUAUAUUUAUUUAUCUAUCUA